GUUGCUCAGAAAAUACGGUCCAGUACAGAGCAAGUUCUGAUGCACUGGUCAAAGAGGAUCUGAACAUUCACUGGGCCUCAUCUGCGAUUUGGUGACCACCAAAAGCACAUUACACUCUCCUGGAACAGUGUCUGUUGUUAAUAUACCACUAGAGCAUAGUGCUCGCAGUUGGCAGAUACCGUGUUCCACGUUCCUACAAUCCCACGUCAUAUUAGGAAGUACGGAAACAGUCUGGUGAAUUUCUUCUCUAGAAGUCUUCCGUUCAUCCUCUGCCUAGUUGCAGGAAUGGACAAGUGGUGAGCAGUAAGGAGAAGAUUGAUUGUGCCCAGCUAUAUAGAGAGAUUGGCCUGAGUAGAUUCGAGCACGAUACAGUAGUUUUGGCAACAGGUGAAUCUGCGGCAGACGAGUAACUUGGCCUGCUGGCAUCCUGCCAGUUCAUCGGUGGUCUGGUUGUCGGUUAGCCCAGUAAUCUGGUGACCAGCUGGAAGCUCCAGGUUGACUGAUUCCCCAGUGAUCUGGUGACCUUCUGGAACCUCCAAGUGAAUGCUUGGCCAGUAAUCUGGUGGAAGCCCUAGGCUGCUGGUUAGCGCAGUACUUUGCUGGCAGUUCCAGACAGUCGUCUCCCCAGCGGUCUCGUCGGCCUGAGACUCCAGCCUCCAGCCCGGUCCUCCAGUGGAUGAGCGUCCAGUCUGGCUGACCCCCCCGAGGCUCGCCAGGCGCAUCAGCAGAGCGUGCGACGCAAGACCCGGCGGACUUCGCUGCUGGCAUCUCUGGGCUUCGCCCGCCACCAGGGGCCCUCUGCUUCUUCCUCGGCAGCCGUCUCGUCCUUCCAGCAAGUGAGCGGCAUGUACCGCACAGUGCGCCACGGAGAGAACUCUCUGCAGUACACCAUCCUGCCACAGCAGGAUGACCUGGGCAACGCCGGCGCGGCCUCCGGUGCUGGACCAGCCGGACGAAGGACGCGGAAGGCGGGCGGCGGCCGUCUGAAGCUGGCGCUGGUGCUGGGCGUGGCGCUGGUGCUGGCGGCGGGCGCCGUCACGACGGCGGUGCUGGUGCCGCUCAUGAUCCCCCGGCCGCACGGCGCCGCCCACCGGCCUCUCACCAGGCACCACCACCCGCCACAGAACCUGCUGCCGGCGCGCCGACCGCUGCACCAGUCGCUGGAGGACCCGGCGCCGCCGCCGGUGGCCGCCGCACACCGGGACGCCGCCCCCGCCCCCGCCUCCUCCACGGAGGACCCCUCCCUGUCCGCAGUGUCCUCGGUGUCCCCCGCUGAAGACGUGGCGGCCAGCAGCGCCCUCUACAGCGAGCCCGCGGCCACGGAGGCGCUGACGUCGACGCCCGCCACACCGGCCGCCACCAGCACCCAGGCCGCCACUACCACCACCACCAGCACCACCACCACGACCACCACGACCACCACCACCACCCCUGCGCCGACCUCCGCCGCCGCCUCAACGGCUGCAACGAGCGCCUCCAAGGGCAACGCAGAUUCUACUGCAGUGAAUGAGCAGUUGGCCCAUAGCAUCAGUUCCCACCCUGGAAGACCAGGAGGCGGCGCUGUGACGGAGGCGGUGGUGCACUUCGAUGGGGCAGACAACGGCACUGACGGGGGCGGCCUAGAUGCGGCGGACAUUGACGACGCAGAAGUCGACGGGCCCGGGGACGGUGGGCGCGGCCGCGGCUCCGGCAAGCCGAGCACCUGGCUGGAGUCCAGGUGGCCAUUCGGGGACGCCUCCGCCUACUUCGAGUGGACGGGCUUCAACGGGGAGGACAGCGUGCUGCUGCCGCUGGCCCUGGCCGGGGUCGUGCUCGUGCUCGUCAUCAUCAUCGCCGCCUGCUACGCCAUCCGCAGACACCGCCACAAGGUCAACCGCCGCCAGGCCAUUGGGAAGAUGUCGAACGAGCUGCAGUCUGGCGACAAGGCAACACUGCUUCCUGACGGUUCAGAAGACGAGUAAAGAGCUACCUGCUGUCCCCAGCGUAAUGGUCGGCAGGCUCCAGAUGUGGCCUGCUAUUGGUCGGUGGCCCACCAACUGCAAGGGAGGCGCAGCAGCUACCACGUUGCCACGUCUCCGCUGGAACUCUAGCUUCUGUUUUGGUCAGACUCACAGUUUACAGAAACCUCCCCAACCAGAAAGUGGUUCACCAAAGCUGCGGAGAUCUGCCAAACGAGCAGGGUGCUUGCUGCUUCGUGGUUUUCGAGAUGUUUCAGAACAGUUACGUUUGCUGAUUAUGACCAAACUGUUGCAUCAUAGUAUUAACAGAAAAAGAACUGCUUCUUUGCUCUGCUUUAUCAUUCGAAUAAGUCUUGAACCACGACUUAUGCUGUGUAAUCUCUCGUCAAGUUUCAGUGUUUACUGUAAAUAAUAAUCCUGUUAAGCUUACAACAAAAUAUGGGCAGUUGAAAUGUGAUGAAGUGAAUGGAGAAAAAUGACAUAUCAGAUCCCUCUGCAUUGGAGGGAAAUGUCAGUGAAUGGAACAGAUGUUUAUCAUUGUAUUCACAGAGUUUUGUUGAUGUUACAUUCCAGUCUCCUUAAUUUAUAACAGUGUAAUAAGUUUGUAUUAUGUAUCUAGUCGUACUAUAAAGACUUUCCACACACAUAUAUGUGCAAGCAGUCAUGUUUACUGUUUAUGAAGAGAGAAUUUUCAUGCAUUUUAAUGGACUUUAAGUAUCCUGAGAAAAUAACCAGCUAUGAAGGGCUACAGGGUAGUCCACAAAUGUGGAACAACACUUCUAAAACCAAAAUUUGUUGAUAAAUAGAAAUUUAAAGUCAAGUAGUACAAGACAUGUUUCUGCAGAGGGGGAGGGGGCACGUUCGAGGUUAUGUUGACAAUAUGGGGAUCAUUUUGGAAAUCACCAUCUUGGAUCCAACUUGUAGUUUUCAAAAGGAAAGGGGAUCAUGUCACAUAUCAAAAUAGUAGGGUCUUUCAUUUGAGUGUAGCUUUAUUCAAUCUUAUAGAGAACGAGACACAUGCCAGUACUAACACAUGAAGGUUACAGAAUGUUUUCGAUGUGUUGUACAGCACGUUGUAUGGUGGAUGUUAUUUGAUUCGCUCAUUGCUCAUGGACUUAAAGUGACUUACUUACUUCACCCAAUGGUAUGUAGCAUAUUGGGCAACCAAUUUCCUCCAGCAAACUAGAUCAUGUAAUAGGCUACUAAGUCUUCAAAUUUCAACCAGUUUAUGUCUAUACAUUCAAUAACCUUUGCAAAACUUCGUUUCCAAGUGUUACGAGGGCUUCCUCUACUUCUGUAUCCACCUGUUGGUUUCCACAACAGUGUUGACUUGAGUAUUUUUCCAUCUUUCUCUCGUGAAAUGUGCCCCACAAGCUUCAGCCUUCUCUCAGCAACGAUUUUGUGGAGGCUGUGUGGACCACAUCUUCUUAGCAUGUCAUUAUUUGAAAUGUGGUCGUGAUAACUGAUCUGCAAAAUUCACCUCAAGCAUCGUCGGUGGAAAACGUUGAGCUGACGUGCUGAUUGCUGAUUUUUCCAGAUCUCACAUUUGCAUGUGGCCAUCGGUACAAUGAAUAGAGGAGUAGUUUUGUGUGCACACUUACGGUGUAAUUGCUAUAUGGCUCGCAUUCAUUGGAAGACUGUACAAGCUCUCCCAUUUCUACUGAUGAUUUAUGCAUCUAAGUUCUCAUUAUUACAGAUAAGGUUGCUGGGGUAUGGAAAUCGGUCAGUACCUUCUUUUUCGAGCUAAGAUGUUAUUGCAAAGCAGUUGAAGGGUCUCAGCUACCCUGCUCGCGUUUAGGGGGAAUACCAAAUGGACUAAGCUAUGAAUGUGAAUUUGGACUGAGGGUGGAGGCAUUCUAGGGCAGCCUGUGCAGUUAUGCAAAGAGACUGUGCCGUAGUGCCGUAGCUGUUAGUGCAUGUGCCUAGUGAGCAGCAGACCUGGGUUCGAUGCCUGGUCUUGGUACAAAUUUUCAUUCAUCACUUCCGUCUGCACAGAUAUGUCAUAGAUGUUUGAGGCCUGGAGAAAGCUCUGAAACCAUAUACUUCCAUUUGAUUAUCGUCUGUUUCAUUAUAAUUUGGGUUGACAGGUUUCCACUUUUUAUGCACACUGUUUUUGUCUUAUCAGCAUUUAUUUUUUUAGACCUGCAGAACUUGAUAAUCCAGCAUGGUAGUCAAUAGUUGUAAACUCUGUGGUAUUUCAUCAGAAAAAUCCAGAUCCGAAGGCCUUGAUUCUUUAUUCCAACGUAUGCCCAUGUGGAGUUGUCCACAGUUUCUCUUAUUAUGAAAUCUGUGACUAAUAUGAAAAGGAAUGGUGGCAAAAAAGCAGCAAGUGAACCAAAAUUCUCCCUAUUGAUGUAUGGCUGACUCCUGCAAGAUUCGGCUGGACUUUCACUCUACAAUACCAAAACAGCAGCUGACGAUGCUUCAUCCGUAGCCGUUUUUGAUCUACAGUUUGUCAAUUUUCCUGCGACAGAGCCACUUUCAAGGAAUUUUGCAAUAAGUUUCACUACCGCGCUGUGGAUAUUGGGCGUUCUGUCUGUGAUGCGCUGGCUGAAAUCCUAUGCGAUAACACGGGUACUCUUCUCUCGCGAAAUCAGGAAGUUCUCAAUGCGUUCAGUUUGUGUUAACGACAUCGGUUUUCACGACACGCGUAAAGAAGGAACGUCAGUCAUAACACGAGAAACAACAAAUAUGUGUACGUAGGAAAGACAGCAUUGUUUUCCUCGUGUAAUUGUCCACCCAUUUGAUAUGUCACAUGAUCUUCUAUCCAUCUGAUAAUUAUCAGUUGUACCCAAGAUGGCGACUUCCAAAAUGGUAGCCAGGUUUUCCCACUUUCCGUCAGCACACUACUUGACUAUAAAUUUCUAUUUAUUCGCUUGUUUUUGUUUUAUAAAUCUAGUUCCAGACAUAUGGGCCAGCCUGCGUAGUUGGCUGCGUGCCGAGUGAAUACUGUACAAAACCUUAGACUAAGCCUAUGCACUUAACAACUGAAUGCACCCUGUGCCAGACUCACGCAGAGGAAAGCAACGCGGCACUAGCUGAGCACUUUAAAAAGACAAAAUACUAUAUAUAUAUUACAGCCUAACUUUUCCUUUAAGUUCAUGCUUUUAGAGUGGUCUGACUGACAAAUUUAGCUAACAUCAUGUAAUGUACCACGCUGUUCUUUCCUCCUCUCAUUGGAUGAUAUAUUCCUGCAUAUCUGAUCUAUUUAUUCACCGAAAAAAAUUAAAAUUUUGUAUUUGUUAUGUU